CCAAUGACCUGGCUGAAUUGGGCGACUGUUGGAAUUCAGCCGGGGAGCGACCGUAAGCUUUUGCUUUGGCCCAGCGGGAGGUUCUGAAACGUCCCUGGAUAUAGCGGAGGCAAUGGCAGUGUAAGAGCUGGAGCGCUAGUCAAGGGGCUGCGUGCAAGGAGAAUUAAAACUACAAUUCAAGUCAUGAAGAAAACUCUGAUAGUAGAGCCUGUUAUUUGCAUGUAUAUAUUUGCCUAUUCCUUGUACAUGCCAGUGGGGCAGCAGUAUGUAUAUCGGAGGAUCUGGGAGGAGACCAUCAACUCCAGCUUCAAAGAUGAUGACAAUAUUUCGCAUUGUGAACUAAACAAAAGUGCUCCACUUUACUUGAUGGAACAGGAAGUCCAAGAGAAAGCCUCUCUCUUUGUAAUGAAAAUGGAUCUAAGCAAUGCUGUUCUCAACAUUCUAGUAGCCUUUGUUCUUGUAGCCAACGGCGAUUUUUGCGGACGCAAAAUCUCACUAAUUCUUCCUCUAGUGGGGAAUCUUGUAAGCAGCAUCUUCCUCAGUAUCAUGUCCUACUACUCUCUCUCCCUCUCUUUUCUUUAUGCUUUGGCCUUCAUAAGUGGGCUGUUUGGAGGCAUGGCUACCUUCCUAGGAGGUGCCUUUGCUUUCAUAGUUGAGCUCUGUGAGAAUCACAAGCAGAAGACAAUCCGGAUAGCAGUGGUUGAUUUGAUCUAUGGAUUGGCCUUUGGACUGGGAGGACUGUCUUCAGGAUUCAUUUUGAAAGGAAUAGGUUUUACUUGGACAUUUGCGACAAUUUCACUGAUUGGCAUUGCUAACUUUUUCUAUGUCAUAUGUUUUUUGGAUGAUACAGUACAGGUAUCUGAAGUCCAGCAACAGUCUCUGAUGGAAGGCCUUAAAAAAACUUUUUCUGGAAUCCAUGCACUUUUUAAAUCCUCUCCUUUAAGGAAGCGAACUUCGAUCAUCUUGCUGCUGUGUACAUUUAUGGCUUAUUUGUUCACAGUGUUUGGUGGGUUGUCUCUGUUUACCCUUUAUGAACUGAAUGAGCCCCUCUGCUGGAAUGAAAUCUACAUAGGAUAUGGAUCUGCAGCAUCCACUUCAGUAUCUUUGACCAGUUUUCUAGGAAUAAUUGUAUUUGCUCAAAAGCUGAAAGACAUUUACCUUGUUUUCAUUGGGAUUUUCUCUUACAUUGGAGGAAUUGUCAUGGCUGCUUUUGCCAACACUACGUUGCUCAUGCUUCUAGUGCGUGUGCCAUCUCUGCUGACCUUUAUGCCUCUUCCAGUGCUUCGAUCCAUGCUUUCAAAGAUGGUUCUUCCUAGUGAGCAAGGUGCUCUGUUCGCUUGCAUUGCCUGCUUAGAAGUUGUGAUCGGCGCCGUCACAAUUGCUGCUUUUAACAGCACCUAUGCAGUGACUGUAGCCUGGUUUCCAGGCUUCAGUUUCCUCUUAUCAGCUGGCCUCUGUAUAAUUCCUCUGAGCACUCUGAGCUGGCUUAUGUGUACCGAUGGGCACCAACAGAUGUAUGUGCCACUAGUACAUGAAGAAGACCCUACUGGGGAGGAGAUCGACAGCUGAGAAGAUAAUUUUUGUGACAGCUACCCUUGCUCUUGCCCUCUUACUUGCUUGAGCCCAGUGGGUCAACCAGUUGACUGUGCUGCCACAGCUGAAUGGGGAUCUAAUGUCUCCAUUGCUGGAGCUUCUCAGGAACUGAAGAUUCGCUGCUGCAUUAGAUGACCAAUAGGAAGCUGUGCAAAGGGGCAGAAAGUAGAGUCACAUAGCUAACUUGGUUUUGCUGUCAAAAGAUCAACAGACCAUUACCCAAGAGAAAGUCUUCCUACCUUGGUAUGGCAAUACAUAGGACUAAGCUGUUAAUGUUACCAUACAUUAUUAUAGUGGUACAGUUUCUUUGGUUAAUUUUGCAAUUCUGGCAGGGAUGAAAAAAUAGGUAAUUCAGUUGAGAGAAGGGGGCAGAUUAUACAAGAAAUUCGGAGUGGUUAACUUUGUUGCGCAAAAUGGCUAGUGUUCUAGGCCUGGGUGGGGGAUUGUCUUCAUAUUCAGAGUUAGGUUAAUGAAUCCACUAUGUUGCCAAUGCAAAUUAAUUAGCAUUGAGGCUUUUUAAAAAAAGGAAUUGUGCUUUUUUAUAA